AUGGCUCACUUAAAACUUGUCUUAUUUUGCUUCUUCUUCUCUGGAAUCUUGAUUUUCCGACCAACCACCGCCAGACCCAUCGUUAAACAGUCAAGAGAAAUAGAUCAAACAUUACCAGCUCUUGCUCCAGAUUCAGCUUCUUUAGUGCCUGCGGAGUCGCCGGAUGGAUCAGACCUUGAUCAUGAUCUCCAGACGAAAAAGCAUCAUCACUCGUCGGUUGCCGGCGGCGGAGUGAUAGUCGGCGGACUUGUCACUAUCGCAUUUGCAGCGGUUUACUGCUACAUUCGGGUCACUCGUAAAAGAGAAGGGGAACACCAUUGA